CUGUCUAGUUGAAUAUGCAUGUAUAUGAAUCCAACAGCGGGUGCAGUAGAAAGUGGGAAGACGAUCGAGGGGUGUGUUGCGGAGACCUGAAGUAGCUAGCUGUCUAAUGUAGUUAGUUACCUGGCAGCGUAGUGUUGACAGAGAAAUCGUGCAUAAACGAGCAUAGUAAAUAAUUCCAUAUUGUACUAGGCCUAGAUUUGUGGCAACGGAUUAGUGGCAGUGCAUUUUAAAUGCGUUCCUAACUCGCUAUGUUGUUAUAUUUGAUCCUUAAUGAGUCUGCUUCAAUAUCAGGCUAAAUAUUUACUAGAGCUACUUUGACAGAUCUGAUGCAAAGUUUCAUACGAAGAACUAGCGGAACUACACAAAAAUUAUGCGCGUUUAGCCUGGCAUUUUCAGAAAUUUGUUGAAGCGCAAGUUUGUUUGUUGAAAUGCAACACUUUGACAAGAAAAUAACAGCUAUUUCGGAUUAGACUCCUUCUGUUGCGUUUGUUUACUUUCCAGCAGAGAUUUUACUCACAUUUUGGUGCUAGUUUUUCUGGCAGCAACUUCAGUUUACAGCGAUUCAAUCUUUUUCAUUUUAUACUAACAAGAUGAACACAAACACCAUGUAUGCUACACGUAAGCGGAGAAAACCGAUUCAGAAAAGGGCGAAGCCUCCAGUUGAAGGAGCCAAAUCCAACCCCUCUAAGAGGCACAGGGAGCGGCUAAACGGGGAGCUGGAGCAUCUGGCCAACCUGCUUCCUUUCUCCCAGGAUGUGAUCUCCAAACUAGACAAGCUAACUGUGCUCCGGCUGAGUGUGAGCUACCUGCGAGCCAAGAGCUUCUUUAAUGUGACUCCGAAAUCAGACAGCUGCCCGAAACCAGACGGCAAUGGCCAGAAACUGGGAGAAGAGAACUUCCUGGAAGGGGAGCUGCUGCUGCAGGUGCUUAAUGGAUUUGUCCUUGUGGCCUCAUCUGAUGGGGUAGUUUUUUAUGUGUCCUCUACCAUUCAGGAAUACCUGGGCUUUCACCAGUCGGAUAUCAUCCACCAGAAUGUCUAUGACCUCAUCCAUACAGAGGAUAGGCCAGAGUUCCGACGGCAGCUUCACUGGGCGCUCGACCCCACCGUCUCCCCAGAGACGGGCCAGGAGUCCUCAGAUGGAAGGAGCACACAGCUGCCGUUAGCAUGCUACCGCCCAGAGCAGCUCCCACCAGAAAACUCCACAUUUUUGGACCGCAACUUUGUCUGCAGGGUACGAUGUCUUCUGGACAACUCGUCUGGAUUUCUUGCCAUGAACUUUCAGGGCCGUCUGAAGUUCUUGCACGCCCAGAACCAGAGGAUGAAGGAUGGGCUGCCGGCUCCGCCCCCGCUGGCCCUGUUUGCCAUAGUCAGCCCUCUGCAGCCUCCCUCCAUACUGGAGAUCCGAACCAAGAGCUUCAUGUUCAGAACCAAGCACAAGCUGGACUUCACUCCUACUGCCUGCGAUGACAAAGGGAAGACAGUGCUGGGCUACACAGAGGCGGAGCUCUGCUAUCGUGGGACAGGCUAUCAGUUCAUCCAUGCAGCAGACAUGCUGCAUUGCGCAGAGAACCACAUACGCAUGAUGAAAACUGGUGAGAGUGGCAUGACGGUGUUCAGGCUUCUCACCAAGCAGAGCGGUUGGGUGUGGGUGCAGGCCAACGCCAGGCUCGUCUACAAGAACGGCAAGCCCGAGUGCAUCAUCGCCUCGCAGUGUGUCAUCACGGAUGAAGAAGGAGAGGAGAACCUCAGUAAAAGGAACCUCAAGUUGCCUUUCGGUUUCACUACAGGAGAAGCCGUCCUGUAUGACACUAAUGGAUUGCUUAUGGAGGGAGACUCCAGUCAGAGCAAUGGCACAAGGUCACUGGACCCAGACUCACUCCUGGGGGCGAUGUUAAAACAGGACGAGUCUGCCUAUGUUUGCGUCCCUGCCCAGAACCCCGUCUCCUUCCAGCAUAGUGCGCUGGCAGACUCUGGAGAAGACCAGAUUUUAUCUGGUGACUGGCAGGAUGACAUUUUGUCUUUGUCUGAAAACGGCAUUUUCAAGCAGAAACCUAUCAGCGGCUCAGAGGAGGAAAAAAACGGUGACCUGUUGAACUUCAUGAAAGGUCUGGGGAUAAGCAGAGAAGACCUGGAGCUCAUUCAGAAGGAUGAGGAGUUUCUGCAAAUCAGGUUGGAUGAACAGGGUGACAUCAUGGAUGUAGCAGAUGAGAUCUUGUCGUAUGUGCAGGAAUCACUGAAGACAUCGGACUGUAUCUUUUCAAACAGCACUGAAAGGAAGCUGUCAGGGCAGGACUCCAGCUGUGCUCCACAGUCCCAACAGCCGCACUUAGUUCCACAUCUACAGCAUGAGCAACCACUGCUGCAGCCACAGCAAGAAAAGCCAGUUCUGCAGCAACACCUACACACACAGAUGCAUCCACAACAAACGUUUCCUCAGCAGUAUUUACACACACAGGCACAUCCUCACCAACCGAUUCCACAGCAACAUCCACAUGCACAGACAGAGCAACUCAUUUCACAACAACCUCCACAGACACAGCAACUAAUUUCAGAGCAAAAUCCACAUGCACAGACAGAGCAACUCAUUUCACAACAACAUCCACAGACACAGCAACUAAUUUCACAAAAACAUCCACGGACACAGCAACUCAGUUCACAGCAACAUCCACAGACACAGCAACUAAUUUCACAGCAAAAUCCACAUGCACAGACAGAGCAACUCAUUUCACAAAAACAUCCACGGACACAGCAACUCAGUUCACAGCAACAUCCACAGACACAGCAACUAUUUUCACAACAACAUCCACAGACACAGCAACUAAUUUCACAGCAACAUCCACAGACACAGCAAAUAAUUUCACAACAACAUCCACAGACACAGCAACUAAUUUCGCAGCAACAUCCACAGACACAGCAACUAAUUUCACAACAACAUCCACAGACACAGCAACUAAUUUCACAACAACAUGCACAGACACAGCAACUAAUUUCACAACAAUAUCCACAGACACAGCAAGUAAUUUCACAGCAACAUCCACAGACACAGCAAGUAAUUUCACAACAUCCACAGACACAGCAAGUAAUUUCACAGCAGCAUCCACAGACACGGAAACUAAUUUCACAACAACAUCCACAGACACAGCAACUAAUUUCACAGCAUACACAGACACAGCAACUAAUUUCACAACAACAUCCACAGACACAGCAAAUAAUUUCACAACAACAUCCAAAGACACAGCAACUAAUUUCACAGCAACAUACACAUCCACAGACACAGCAACUAAUUUCACAGCAACAUACACAUCCACAGACACAGCAACUCAUUCUACCACAGCAUCCUCAUAUGCAGGAAAUAAUUCCACAGAAACAUUCACAUGGAGAGACACAGCAACUAGUUUUGCAACAGCAUUUACAUAUACAUGGGUAUACCCACCAACCGAUUCCACAGCAAAAUUUACAUAUGCAGACACCUCCAUGGCAACCAAUUCCACAACAACAUACACUUGUACAGCAACAGAUUCCACAGCAACAGAUUAUGCAACAGCAUCCGCCUACACAGACAUAUAAACAGCAAACCGCCCCACAGCAACAUUUGCAGGCACAGAUGCAUUCACAACAUCAGAGUCUGGGACAAGAGCAGCCAUUGGUGCUACAGAACCAGCUACAGGAGCAGCUACAGCAGCACCUAGAUCUACAGCAGCAAUCAUCACAUGACCUGGCACAGCCACAACUUUCACACAAACAUCAAGAGUUACCGCUAAAGCAGCUCCCAGAGCAACAGGAAUAUCUGCUACGGUCAUCACUUCCGGAACAACAGCAGCAGUUGUGUCACAAGAUGAAGCACAUGCAAGUCAACGGGAAAUGCCCAUCUCUGAAGCAGCCUGUCGCCAUGCCAGCCACAAAUGGUCACCCAUUACCUCCCCCGUUCUGCGCAGAUUGGAGCCUCCCACAGUACGGGUGCCUCGUUCAGGAGGCCUCCACCCUGGACCCACCCUACCAGAAACAGCUGAACGCCAUGUCCAUCGCCUGCGACCAGGCCUUCUCCCCUUACACUGAAGGGCUUGCGGCUGGACGGGCUGGCAGCUUCACACCCCAGAACCUGGAGGAUCUGCUGGAGGGCUUACAGCCCGGAGCCACAGGGGAGCGGCACUGUGCCACCAUCCUGCAGGACGGCAACACCACCCCCCUGUGCCAUCCCACUGCCCUGCCCGUGAACCAGGGCCUGCCUGAGACAUUUGGCCUGGGACGUGAGCAGCAGGUGAACCCUAAGCUGCUCACACCCUGCGCUCUGGGGCACCAGCCUUUCCUGUCACAUUUUCAGAAUGGCAGCGGUGGGGUCGUGACCCAGACUCAGCCUGAAUCCAUCGGUGGUAUGGGCCUUCCUCAGCCAGGACGGCCCCUGCACCGGCACCCAGAUGAGAGCAGACCGUUCCAGGACCUGACCAUGGGGGGGGUCAUGUGAAUGCACAUACAGACCCACAGCCGCGUCUCUAGAGAGCAGGGUGCAGCCCUGUGACACUUCACCGAGCACAGCCAAGCCAUGGAAAUAUCACAGGGGAGUCUCUGUGGCCGAGAGACAAGAUGUCUCCAGUGGGAAACCUGGCAUAGGGAGGGGCUGAGGCAUGGGGAUCAGUCAAAAUAUCUCAUAUCCCAAAAAUUAUUUUUUGUCCUGCACUUACUAUACAAUUUACAGUUUUGUCAUUUAGCUGAUGCUGUUAGCCAAAGUAACUCACAAAGGUGCAUUAAUACACUUUGUGUACGUUAAUAUUUUAUCUUUUUAUUGUAGAGUACAAUACAUCAUAAUUUUCUUGCAGUGGUUUUGGUAACAUGGAAUGGGAUUGUCCCAUCAUCAUUGGCCACAACAAUAAUUUGGACUUGUUGACAGUUUUGACUGUUAAAUGUAAACAAUUCAUUAUCUCUAUUCAAUUUUAAUAAAUUAGAUUAUAGAUCAACUCAAUGUAGCAAGCUCCUUAAAGGUCAAAUGCAGAAAAUGUGAAAGCUAUUUGAACUUAAUUUGUUUAUUACUGUAUUGCAUGCUCGUAUCAAAAGGUUUUUGCUGUCAAUACAAUGAUAUAAAAUCUACAAGGGACCUUCUCUUCUGAACGGUGUUAUAUAUAUUUGUGUAGCCCCACCGGUCUUCUUCAGCAGUAUUUUAAGAUACGAGAGUUUGUGAAAAAUAGUUUUUUGCUAUAUAUAUUUGUUCACAGGCCUGUUUUUUCUCAGGUGUACAUUUUUAACCUUGUUAUUAUGUACAAUCAUUUGUAAACAAUUCUUUAAAAAAGAAAGUAUUUAAGAUGGUAAUUAAGUAAAUUGAAGUCAUUAAUUGUCAUUUGAUGGCAGAGUCAUCAAAACAGAUUUAUGUUUUUAUAGAACUUGGCAACUAUUUCCUUGCACUCACAGGAUGAAAGAUCUAAGUAUAUAGGGACUAUUUAAUAUGCAUAUCCCUUUUAUGUUAGUAUAGUAUGUUAAACCGGAGCUUGAAAUGUUUGGUUAUUUGGUAAAAUUUAAUAAAUUUAAAUUAUUUUUAAAGUGAAAGUAUACCCCAGUGAAAGUUUCUUGAUAUAAAUGCCAGGUAGUUCUGUGCACAUCGAUCAAUUGGCUAUUUAGAUUGAACAAAUAAUAAUCAAUUAUCAAACCCUGGUCCCAUACAAGUUUUAAAUAAUGUCUCAUUGUGAAAAUAUCUGCAUUUAUGCAUACUUGUAAACAGGAAAAGAAAUAACAAUAUCUUUUGUUAAGAUAGUCAGACUCUCGUGAAUAUUUUGUGAAUAAUAUUUUUCUACAUCCUCCACCAAUGAAAUGUAUUGCCCCCAACUAUUUCAGCACUGGUCCAAAUAAUGAUCAAAUAGUUGCCAAAUAAUUGUCAAAAUAUUCCUAAUUACAAGUAUAUACACCAAGUUAGUUACCAUUGUAGUAGCAAUGUAGUAGCAGUAGAAAUACUUGAUAUGUCCAAAUCAAAUCUCUUGGGUUUCAUAUUCUUAAGGAGCAGCUUGUGUGCCUUGUAAGACUUUUUUUUUUCUUUCUGUCAGGACCUUCAGUAUUGGUCACACAAUAGUGUUUGGAUUUAAAUGUGCUUCCUUUCAUUUAUUUUAUUGAUACAUCCCACUUUAUGAAACUAUGCAAAAUUUAAAAUUCAAAACAAUAUGUUGCACUUUUACUGAAACAACAGACAAUCAUGUAGCACUUUGAAAAUGUACUUUUGUUUGUUAAACUGAGCCAGUUUUGCUGUUCAUGAACAGGGUGAGUUGGCAUAGGCCUUUUUUUGAAGUAUCCAGUAUACCAAGAAAUAAGUUUCUUCCGUAGAUUUAAAAAUAAAUAAAUUUAGUACAUUUUAUUUCUAACAGAAAAUGUAUUUUAAAAGAACACUGAAGAUCUAAAAAAAAUUAUUUGUAAUUUUGUUUUUCGUAUGUUUGUUGUAUUUAAUUUAUGUAAUGAACUAUUUGAGCUUCCCUUGUAGAUCCAGUUGGUUUUAUAAAUAAAUUUAUGCUGCAUUUUUCAGACUAAAAGUUUAAUAAGUGCUUGAUGUUUUCUGAUGAUGCUGUUUUAUUAAGUAAAUGUUUGAUAAAUCUGA